AUAACGCUCAGGAGAGAAAACGCCUGGAACUUUACUGUUUGGGCUGUCAAUGUGUGCUACCUUAGCUCAGACACGGGAUACUAUCUCCACUACCAGGGUCUGCCUCAGAUAUCUCCACUACCAGGGUCUGCCUCAGAUAUCUCCACUACCAGGGUCUGCCUCAGAUAUCUCCACUACCAGGGUCUGCCUCAGAUAUCUCACAUUUUAUCUAUUUGUUUAGCUUUUUGUUUGGGAAAGAAGAGUUCAGUGCUUGGGGUUUAACGCUCUCUACUUGGUUCUCAAGAAGUGGACACCAUUUGAACCCUCUAAAUCGGUCUGGGCUUGGCUGUUUCUCAGUAAGGGUGUUCUGUUCUGUACUGUGCCUCAGAGGCUAAACAGUCAUGUACAAAAGCAGUUACUCCCAGGCCAAGUUUGGCUUGGAGGCCAGGAGGAAGAUCCAGAAGCCCAGGGGGAAGAGCUGUGGCUACUACACGAGGGUUGUCUUCUUCUUCUCCUCUCUGAUCCAGUCGCUCAUCAUCGUCAGCCUGGUGCUCUUCCUGGUCUAUGGGAGCUCCCCAGACGCGGCGGCCGAGAGCCGGGUCCAGGACCUGGAGAAGAGCUUCAGCCGCCUCUCCAUUGACAACAUCAACCUCCGGCAGCAGGGAAAGAACCUGACGAAGCUCCUGAACGCCACCCUGACUGACAAGAUGCGCAACGACAGGUAUAUGAUGAAUCUGCGUCAAGUGGCAAACGGGUCUGGCAUGUUCAUCGCCAAUCUCAAAGGACUAGUGACUCAGUGUGAAAACGAUAAGGGAAGAUGUCAGAUUCAACUUAGAAUGAACCAAUGCUUCAGGGCCAUGCCACCAAAUGAAAACCAGGUCCAGCAGCUGGAACAAUUGCUAAAGCUAGUGAGCUCCAACUUCAGUCAGACGGUGCAGUUCAUGAGGAUGGAGAUGGAGAACACAGCCAUGGACCGGGACACCCUGACCCUGGAGGCCAUCUCCCUCCAGAGGGACAAGACCUUCCUGCAGAGACAACUGGAGGGCUACAGGAAGAAGUGCAAGGAGGACUUUGUCCAAUCUCUGGCCGGCAUCUCCGACGUCUCUAAAGCCUUCCUGUUGAAGAUCGACAACCUUCUGCCCAAUGUCAGCCCCUUCCUGCUCACCUGCGAGAAGCAGCUCCACCACCUGGACCAGAUCCGCAACAACUGCACCGGUCUGUCCCGCGAGGUGGAGAACAAGUUCCAGCAAUACCUGAACAAGGUGGGCUUUCAGAUGUCGGAGAUUGAGGGCUGCAGUGCCAGGCUGCAGGCGGAUAAAGACCAGCUGAAGGAGGUCUACGACUGGUGCAGCUACAACCGCAGUGCCAUGGCCCUGGAGCACCGCGAGAAGCUUCAGAAGACCCAGGAGAAAUACGACCAAGAGACGGAGAGGCUGCUGAUGGACAGCAGAAGGCUGCAGGGGGACAAGGAGCUACAGGAGACAGGGAUGAAGGUGAAGGAGGGUGAGAUCAGCAUUCUCAAGGACAAGAUCAAUAACCUCAACACCUCACUGGUCAACUGUGGCUCCAGGACUGGAAUGGGUAACCCAGGGAUGUUCAGACCAAAUCAGACUGGACCCUGGGGUAGCAGGCAUGGGAUGGGUGACCCUGGCUCAACUGGGAAUGGAUUUGGUGGGGCAGGGGCAAGCUCAAGAGGGUUUGAGUCCACUGGCAUGGGUUCAAAUCCAUUCGGCAGUGCAGGGGCAGGUGGGACAGGGACAGGUAACGAGCCAGGCUCAACUAACCCAUUUCGGUCAACCGAAAUGGGUUUGUGGGCUACAGGUGGGUGGGGUUCCACAGGAAUGGGUAACACAGGGAUGGGUGGGGAAGGGUUGAGUGUAACAGGGCAAGGUAAAAGGGGGUCAACUGCUGGAACAGAAUUGGGUGCUGGAACUGGUGGGUGGGGUGCUUCUGCAACAGAAAACGGCAACACAGGAUUGGGUAGGUCCGGGUCAAGUGCUUCGUCAUCAUCAGGCGCCACAAGGAUGAACGGUUCAGGAAUGGACAGCUCGAACGGUUACAGUUCAGCACAUAUCAAUCAACACUUACGAGAGCUGCAGCAGUAUUCUAAAUCCGACUCCGGCUCAGAAGUAUCGGGGUAAUCCAUGAAAUUUCACAGAGGAAAAUGGAGGAAAACCUAUAAAACCCAGUCUCCUCAUAUUGAGUUCUGGUUUGUCAAUGUACAGUACCAGUCAAAGUUUAGACACAGCUACUCAUUCAAGGGGUUUUCUUUAUUAUUUACUAUUUUCUAUGUUGUAGAAUAAUAGUGAAGACAUCAAACUAUGAAAUAACACAUCAUGUAGUAACCAAUUUUUUUUAACAAAUCAAAAUAUAUUUUAGAUUCUUCAAAGUAGCCACCCUUUGCCUUGAUGACAGCUUUGCACACUCUUGGCAUUCUCUCAACCAGCUUCAUGAGGUAGUCCCCUGGAAUUCCUUAAUUUGUGGAAUUUCUUUCCUUCUUCAUGCGUUUGAGGCAGUCAGUUGUGUUGUGACAAGGGAGGGGUGGUAUACGGAAGAUAACCCUAUUUGGUAAAAGACCAAGUCCAUAUUAUGGCAAGAACAGCUCAAAUAAGCAAAGAGAAAUUACAGUCCAUCAUUACUUUAAGACAUGAAGGUCAGUCAAUGUGGAAAAUUUCAAGAACUUCGUUAGAGUUACCAGCCUCAGAUAUUGCAGGCCAAAUAAAUUGACGUAACAGACACAUCUCAACAUCAACUGUUCAGAGGAGACUGCGUAAUCAGGCCUUCCUGGUCAAAUUGCUGCAAAGAAACCACUUCUAAAGGACACCAGUAAGAAGAAGAGACUUGAUUUGGCCAAGAAACACGAGCAAUGGACAUUAGACCGUUGGAAAUUUGUUCUUUGAUCUGAUGAGUCCAAAUUUGCUUUGUGAGACGCAGAGUAGGUGAACGGAUGAUCUCUGCAUGUGUGGUUUCCGCCAUGAAGCAUGGAGGAGGAGGUGUGAUGGUGUGGGGGUGCUUUGCUGGUGACACUGUCGUGAUUUAUUUACAAUUCAAGGCACACUUGACCAGCAUGGCUACUAUAGCAUUCUGCAGCGAUACGCCAUCCCAUCUGGUUUGCACUUAGUGGGACUAUUUGUUUUUCAACAGGACAAUGACCCAACACACCCAUAGGCUGUGUAAGGCUGUGACCUGGCCUCCACAAUCACCCGACCUCAACACAAUUGAGAUGGUUUGAGAUGUUGGAAUGCAGAGUGAAGGAAAAGCAGCCAACAAGUACUCAGCAAAUAUGGGAACUCCUUCAAGAUUGUCGGAAAAGCAUUCCAAGUGAAGCUGGUUGAGAGAAUGCCAAGAGUGUGCAAAGCUGUCAUCAAGGUAAAGGGUUUGAAGAAUUUCAAAUAUAAAAUAUAUUUUGAUUUGUUUAAUACUUUUUUGGUUACCACAUGAUUCCAUAUGUGUUAUUUCAUAGUUUGAUGUCUUCACUAUUAUUCUACAAUGUAGAAAAUAGUAAAAAAUAAAGAAAAUACCUUGAAUGAGUAGAUGUGUCCAAACUUUUGACUGGUACUCUUGGCAUUCUCUCAACCAGCUUCAAUUUCUACCGACAGCAGUUGCACUGUAAUAUAUCAUAAAAUAAUAUCUGCUGCUUCAUGUAUUCCAUUUUUUUGAAUGUCCUUGAUAACCAGCCACAAAUGUAUGUUAUUGGAAUAUGUUUAUUUAGUCAGGAGAAAGGCAUAAAAGUAGUAAAUAAGCUGUUUUCAAUGUACUGUAUAUACUUUUAUUAAAAACUAAGGAGUACUUCUUGCAAACCUGGUUCUAUGAAUUAAGUG